GAGUUCAUUCGAGAGAGAGAGAGAGAGAGAGAGAGAGCAGCCGAGACGUUUCUGCCCUUCCGUCGGUACCGAGCACCUCGAAUCAGCGAGACAACGGACGGAGCUUCAGACCGAGCCCGGCCAUGGACGAGCAGGCGGGGCCCGGCGUGUUCUUCAACAACAAUAAUAACUCCGUUUUACCGGGCGGGGGGAAAGGACCGCUGCCCGACGGCGACGUUGGGGAGGCGGCUCGGGCGCAGUACAGUAUACCGGGGAUUCUGCACUUCCUGCAGCACGAAUGGGCCCGAUUCGAAGUAGAGAGAGCACAAUGGGAGGUGGAGCGGGCUGAAUUACAGGUAAAAACCCACUACUAUUACUCUGAAGGCGGUGUUCUGUUGGUGACAGUCCCGCAGCUCUGCUCUGCUCCUUUAUUUCAGCUCUUCUUCAGUUUGUGUGUUUGAUUGUUCGGGUUAGCAGGUUAGCUAGUUAGCAUUAGCUCCCGAGCUAAAGGAGCUGCAGCAGCAGCGCCCCCUAACAGACUGACUGCACGACGAGAAAAGGGGGUUACUAAACUUUUAAAAACCAUCAAAUAUGAUUUAUUAUUUCAAUAAAACCGGUUAUAUUUAAAUAUCAAUUUAAAAACAAGCGUUAGAAACCAUUUAAACGAAAGUCAGUCGUUUGGUUCAGUAUUCUUGCAGACAUCUUAGGUUUGUCGUGAUUUCUAUCAUUUAUAAUUAUAAUUUAUCCAACUAUGCAUGUCUGUUCAUGCUGUUCAUGUUUGUCAGAGCAAUAUCACAGGAUCAGGGGAGUCGCUGACUGAUAGUGAUAUUAGUUAUUCGUGGUUUGUGAGGCUGAUAAUCUAUACUUCGAAUAGAUAUGCAUCAAUAUCAAUAUUGAAAAUGUGAAGUCAAUAUUAAGAAUGCGGACCUGCCAUUCACAAAAGUACACAGUUUUACUACUUAUUCGGCAGAUAGAUAUGGAAACAGCAGUAAAGGUGAGUGUUUUGCUCAGCCCUCCUGUUGGUGAAGUGUUGGUGGUCUUUGAGGAUAAAAAAACACCUGUGUGUCUGAAAUAAUCUGAUAAUAUGUCAAGUUUUUACUAGUGGAUGACCGAUAUCAGUUUUACAAAUGAAUGAUACCGAUUAUGAGAGAGCAGAUUGGCUGAUGGCCGAUAUGGAAAGCCAACAUUGUGUUGUUUUUGUUUAUUUGAUUUAACUAAAUGCAACAACUGAACAAUACUAACAAAUGAGAAAAAAGAUGACCUGAAGUUAAUCCAUCCAUCCAUCCAUCCAUUUUCUACCGCUUAUUCCCGUCCCCGGGGUCGCGGGGGGGGCUGGAGCCUAUCCCAGCAUCAUCCGUCAAAAGCAGGGGACACCCUGGACAAGUCGCCAGUUCAUUGCAGGGCUGACAUAUAGAGACGAACAACCAUCCACGCUCACAAUCACACUCACACCUAUGGGCAAUUUGAAAGUGGCCAAGUAACCUUUCCCCACUUCUGCGUGUUUUUGGGAAGUGGGAGGACACCGGAGUAAACCCACGCAAACACAGGGAGAACAUGCAAACUCCACACAGAAACGCCCUGAGCCAGAUUCGAACCAAGGACCUUCUUGCCGUGAGGCGACAGUGCCGCCACCUGACGUUAAUAUUUUCAUUAAUUAAGUUUAGAUGUUAAAAAGAAGAGGGAUAAGAACUGUAGCGACCGCUUUCCUUCAACAAUAAGAGGCCGCUGGGGUUUAGGUUCGCUUGCAUCUUUGACUCGUUCAACUAUCAGUCCAGUUUGAGUUUAAAAAAAGUAGUUUAUUGUUCAAAAAAGAAAAGAAAACACGCUGAUCCAGCUCCAAAACUUUUGCCUUCGAAUGAAAAAGUGAUACGAUGAAAUGAGGAUAAAACAGGAUGAAUAGAGCGGUGAAAAACGGCCAACAGGAAAUUAUCAGAGUUUACAAAACCUAUUGUCUGACUACAGCGGUGAGAUUUAAAUAACCUGCCAAACAUCCCAAAACCACACCCCUCAGUGACGACCCCCAGAAGUAAAAAUCAUAUCCUAAACAAAAUAUAUUUUGGCUCUUACGAGAACUUUAUUGAUCCCCAGAGGGAAAUUUAACAAAUUUUGGUUUGGUAAAAUAUUGUCUCUUAGGACUUUAGUAUGUCUGUCGAUGCAUCAAAAAUGAUCAAGAAUGAACAACAAGUGAUACAUAAGGGUCCGAAUAAAAUAAGAAAUUCAAAUUAAAGUUAUUAGUAUCAAAUACACAUGGUGAUCUUCGGUAGGAACAUGUUUGAGAUAGAUUUUUAUUGAACUGAUGGAAAAGACAAAGACAGAGGGUUAUGUUACCGAUUUUAAAACAGCUGAUUUUCCUUUGUUGGAGCGAUAUUAAACUGCAUUAUUCUAAAAACAAUAACAGAACUUAUUUUAAACACCAACCAGCCUCUCUUAGAUGUGAUGUCUGUCAGUGAAGAUGGGAAAAUGCGCUUUCAUUCAGAAAAGAUCUCGCUCAUAUCGGUCUUCUGUGGGCUGAUGCCGAUAUCGUUAAAAUGCCAUUAACAAACCGAUCAAUCGGUAUCUUUCUCUGGUUUUUAUCACCUCUACAAAUUCCUUCACCCACAUUGCGUAAGCACUCUCUUCUUCUUUCCUUGCCAGCUGAUAAACGCCACAUGGCCUCUCACUAAAUACACAAACACCAAAGUUACUAUUUGUCUGUUUUGUGCUGCGGUAGAAACACGGCAAUGCAAGAUGGCGUCCUUCUUGGAAAGGGACGACUCCUGAUUAGAGAUAGAAGACUCGUCUAAGUUAACAAAAAUGAAUAAGGGUUUAUAUUUAAGUGAUUAUACACCUAUUUAAACUUAUCAUAAACAUACUUAUGAAUAUCAGAUCUACUUCUACCAACAUAGAGGGAAGACAGGGCUGCAGUGGAGCCAAAGCAGUUCACUUUUUAACCAUUUAAUCUUAUGAGAGAUGAGUAACAAACCUUGACAUAGAUAAUGAUAUUUUCAGUCCCUCAAACCCAAACAGAAAGGCUUUUAUUGACUGUAAGCAGCUUUUAUUAACGUACAAAGACAAACCAAAGGUUUUGUAUUUGGCCUGCAAGAAAAUGUGAUAAUUAUGCAACAUGUAACACAGUUUGGUUUUGGUUAUUAUGAUGGGGAAGUAAAGUAGAUAUUCAAAUGUGAAUAUCAGCCGUAGCUCCAAACUUCCUCGUCUUACAUCUGUAAGAGUUGGAAAUCCAACGAUAGAUGAACUGCCGAUCACCUCCUGAAAGCAGAAUAGUUCAGCUGCAGGUCAGGUAGGAACACUCCCUGGCUACCUGCCUACUUAUUGUCUGUUAACGUAUCAGCAAAGUACCCCGCCUUGGUUUAUUGCACUUUAUCUCUGACCCAGAAAAAUGACUGUUCAGGAGAGCUGCCGGUUGUUUUAAGUGCUUCGAUCUCCGUGGAGCUGCUGUGCUGACAUGAAACAAACGACACACACACACACACACACACACACACACAGAGCAGACUGCAGAGUCAGACUUAUGUCUUAGCUAUGAAUCUAUCGAGCUUCUACUCCAGGAUACUAAACCGAGACUACUAAUGUGUUUGUCUUCGAGGAUGAUUACGCUGCUUCUGAUUGGUCUGAUUGUUUCUUGUUCUUUUCUGCCUCAUCCAGCUCCGAUCUGAUCGUCUCAUGACUCAAAUAUUCAUCUUAUUCUAGAGAAAACCUUUGGCACUGAUUUUCUUUAGUCCUGAAGUUGAAGUUAAUCUUAUUUACUCUGAAAUCCUUGUGUUGUCUUGUUUCCUGUUCUGACUAGAAUCUCACUUUCUCUCCAUCCAGGUUUUGUGCUUCAGAGCGUUCUCUAUUGUAUCUUAAUUAGCCUUCACUGUGGGGGAGUACAAAGUGUCCAACUAGUCCUCUUACAGUAUCUUUCAGUGUGGCUAAGUUUGGUCUGUUUUGCCUCUUUUUAGUGAAAAUCUGGCCUGAUACAGAUUUCUUUCACCUCUUUGUAAUUCUCUCUCUCUGCUCUCCAAAUGAGCCAAAGUUUCGCUGAUGGUCCCUCCUCACGAAAUCUCGAGAACACGUCUUAUUUCAGUUUAGAUUUGACCAGGAAAACAAACUAGUUUGCCUGAGGAGUGAUUUCCUGAGCCCACUAACCCCUCUUCUCUGAACCAAUAGUUCGGUUUUCCAGCUUUCAGGCGUUAAAUUGAUGUGACACACCGGACACUGACACUGACGCUCAGGUUCAUGGCACAUUAUUCACAAAUGGUUGAUGCCUGUCAAUACUGCUGAUGUUGGCCAAUACUUCUGCUCAGCUGGUGCAGCCUUAGUAGAUCGUGCUUGGGGGGUUUGAACACAAUCACUGUGACACAGACUUUGCUAUUCUUAAACGCACUUUCUGGUUUUGUGGACAGAUUUUAGAAACUCUGACGCAGCCACAGCGACGAGUUAAAGAAAGUAUUAUAACAGAGGGAUUUGAGACCGCCUCCUCCUCCUCGCAGGUGUCGGUGUUUAGGGUGAAAGUGAUCAGAUACAGUGAUCUUUCUUUCUUUGCUGACAUCAAACUGCAGGAAUUUACAGUUCUGUUACGAUUUGACCUGCAUGUCUGAAGUCCAAAGUUGUCCAAAGAAGCAUCUGUUUUUCAGGGUUUGACUUGUUUCAGGUCAUUUGUGCUGGACUGUGGUUUCACUGUAUUCUUACCUGUUCAGCUGUGUCAGACAGGAGGAUUUGUGGGAUCGUCCUUGUUGACUGUGGUGACAUUUCCAUGUCAUAUUUUUGCUGGUUGUCGCAGAUUAUUUUGUCCGUCUUGAAGCUGAUGUGUCAGAUCUCUCCUAUGCAUUUGUCAACAUGUGAGACAGAAAGUUUCUCUAAUGUGACAGAAAAUAGGAUAAAUCCUAGAAGCAUCUGUGAGAACAGCAGCCCUCCUAAAAUCAGUCAAAUCCAGGAUUUCAGCUGAUAUUGUUACAGCUCAUUAAAGAGUCUCUCUGUCCAUCAUCUUUUUGACCCCUCUCUGAUGCCGUAGUUGCUGAAUUCCCCAUGGAAGCCAACAGGGAAUUUCAGGGUUAUAGCAGGCAGCUCAGUCAGCAGCCUGACCUCAGCUCACAGAGGCAGGAGGGAGACACUGCAUUGUUUUCAGAUAGAUGACGUAUCCUCUGCUGCUCGCUGUACUACACUUUGACUCAUCAGCCCCGUGCACACAGCUUCCUGUCUGCUGCCGUGAAGCAAGCUUAUCGGCGCUGCAGCAGAAACUGAGCGCAGCUGAGCGCAGAGAGGCUGCAGGACGGUUGAUUGGGUGGUUUGUUUGUGGCGGGCGAACUGAGCGCGCUCAAAUUUGACUUCUUGUUUUGGCUGCAGUGUGUAGAAAGGAGGCAGGUUUCUGCUUCGAGCAUAAUAUGACCUGCAGUCGAAUCUGACCUUCUCAUGAUUCUGUAACGCCUGCAGCUUAGUGUCUUUAUUGAAAGUUACAGCUGUGAAUCAGGUGAUGAAAAGCUUUAAAAAUCCACGUUGGAUGUGUGAAAACAGCAAACAUAUAUUAGACUAUAUGAGCACCUUUGCCACCUCUUACCUGCUUUUUCUUUCUACGUGUCGAGCACCUUUUAUAUUUUUGAUAAAAGUGCCAAAAAUUUGAGGCUUUUUUAUUUCCGUAGUGCACAAACUCCUGAGUGAAGAAGCUGUACUUCAAGUUAAGGCACCUUUAAAUGGAAAGAAUAGACAUGUAUGAAUAAUAAAAAGUGGACAUGGAGUAUUAAUGGAACAAACCGUGUGCAGCAGCAGCAGCAGCGUCCUCUGCAUGUUCUUUUUGGUCCACUUCAUCCUUCUGCAGCGUACACUCACACGAAGCUCAUCGUUUUAAUCAUGCAUCAUGUCCACUCUCGGUGUUUGAAUUAAAGCGGACAUGUUGUCUCGCAUGUUCCCUGAAGGUCACAUACAUUGUUUGAGAAGAGUCCAUUAACGCUCCCACAAGGAAAUCACUCUUCCAGUUCAUGCUCUCCUGUUUUUGCUCGGAAAGAGAUUUUAAUAAUCCCGGCGACUCUGCAACCCGAUGGGAAGGUUAUACAUUAAAAUAAUCGUUGGUAAUUAAUAAUAGCAGUAGCUGUCUGUUGAAAAAAUAAGGUUUACAAUAAGGUAUCCGCGUUUUGAUGUCUGACACCUUUCUGUCUUUUAAUACUUUUAAGGUUAAGUCAUGACGCUUUAACUAAACAUUAAACAUGAUGAUGCAAAAGACGUAAAAAUUAUAAUAACCACACGUACAUUUUGCAAUGCCUCGUUUUUCUGUGAGGCAUUUGUCAAACCAAAAUAAAGUUAUUAACAGAAUUCUGAAUGGUGACUGGGGGUGUCCUAAUACGAUAUUGGAUAUCAGUCCGUUAUCAGAUUAUAUUGGACUGCAUCUAAAAUCUCCAAUAUCAACACUCCGAUACAAGCAGUCCAUUCCAGACUCCAUUCCGGGUCCAGCAUGUAGAGCCCAUGUGAUAACGCCAACAGUGUGUACCGAAGUACCGAGGAGUAGGAGUGAUAUCGGCCCUGUGGCGGUAUUUUUCAUUUAAAUAUCCGUAUACAGGCGGGAGGCGGAACCAAGUUGUCCACAGUAUAUACAGUCUAUGCUUCUCACUCUUAGCGAUGAUAUAAAAGUAAAGACUGUCAUCAUAUUGCAGGUCUCUGUUUCCUCAUCCUCCAUUGCGUUAAAACUGACCCCUUUUUCCCGAUCGAAUCUGAUACCGAUAUCUGGGCUGAGCAUAUCGGCUGAUAUCCAAUUCCGAUCCAAUACUACUGUUGAAUGAAUGAACUGUUUACCUUUCCCUGUGAGUGAAGGCAUCAGGCUUGACAUUAGCCUUGUAAAGAAAAAGGUCACUAAUUAACACAGAUCUAAAUUUACUUAAUAUUAUUUGUUAACAAAUAACAAAUUGCACAUUUGCACACAGUGAAAAGAAGUAAGACUUCCAUGUAAACAUUCAGUGCAAAAGGAUAGACAGACAUAGAAUAUACAGCGAACAGAAUCGCUGUGUUGCUGUGUUUGAUAUUAGUUAAAAGAAGAAAAAAAAAGAGACUAGAUCGGAACAACGGAUCGGCAUCAUUCAUCAGAUAUCUGAUCCAAAUAUCAGAUCGGUGCGUCCCUAUUGUAAACACUACACUGUGACUUUUUGUAAUUUUGAAGUCAUGUCCUGCAUCCAAAGAUUCGUUCCCUUAAUCUGACGAGGAAAAUUCAACCUGUAAGGGACGUGUGUGAACAAGCAACUCUGGACAAUGUUGGGCACAGAGGAGAGCAGAUAUGGAGGACACUAUCUGGAAUCCAGGAGCCGUGUUAACACCUUUUUACAAUCACAGGGCUUCACCUGUGCGACACUACCCUGAGCUUUACCUCAGCUGUUGACAACGCUGCUUUGAUUACACGAAUUCACAGACAGUAAGGCAGAACAAUGAAGUGUGGAGCUUAAACUGAGGAUCAUGUAAAAAGAAAACACCCCGCGGCCGCCCACAGAAGGUUUAACAAAGUACACAAAGUGAUUUCACAGCUCAGUGAGUCCUCUCCUCUCAGGAUUUUCUUCUUCGUCUUCUUGCUCGUACAGACGUUGAACUGUAGACAGUUGGAGCUGUGUCUUGUGUGUCUCUGUUUGACAGGAAGGUAAAGCUCAGUGUUCACAGGAAUGCCGUCCAGCCAGCCUGUUAGGUCAUGCUCGGAGCCGCUCCUCUCCUCAGAAACUGAACCAAACAUGUCCUCCAGUUUGAGUUGAAUGCUCUGAUUUCUGCCAUUGAGGACUCCGCUGAAGUUUAGUGAUCAUUCACAGGCGCUUCAUUGACCCUCUCAGGCUGAUAUUGGAAGGGUACAGCUCUGGUUGGACUGCUGUUUGUUGGUAAAUGUGAUCAAAGUCCAGAUCAAAUUUUCCUCUGGAUAAAAAUAAAGUAGACGCUGGAGUUAAAGUGACUCGUACUAGAGGUAAUCAAAUGACCCGUGAAGCAGAUUAUUCUUUGAAAAUGGAGGAAAUGAUUUUUAAAUAUGUUACAUGAUAAGGUAGAGAAAGAAAGAAAAUACAAUAAAAACUGCACAGUUUUAAUGAGGCUGACAAAUCACAGAAUAACUAAGACUCCAAUAUUUACAUUUAAUGAGAAAAGGAAUCAUUGUUUUGCCUGUAAAUGUAGAUGUUUUUACAACUGCCGUGUUUUGUCUAGAAAAUAAACUACAAAGGAUUUAAAAACCACAAAAACUCACAUUUCAGGAAGUGAAACAAAAGAACGUGUCACUUUGGUUUAACAGACUUAAGUGAUUAGAGGAGUGAACAGACUGUUAUGUAUUAGAGUUAUUAAUUCAGGCUGAAGGAUUUCAUCAUCAAACACAGUUUCAAAUAUUUUUCUGGCGGAUGUCUGAAGUGUUAUUUGGUUUAUUAUGUCAGCGCUCAGAGCACCUUUCAGACGGGUCAUGAAAUCAAGUGACAUUUCAUAAUUACAGACUCAUACCAUCAAAUAAUGAUAACGUGAAGUUUCUGAAAAUCAGUGAGCAGCUUAAGAGAUGGUCACUUUUUAAUGAUUUGAUGAUUGAAUGUUGUCUCCAGAAUUAUUCAUCGAGUAUUUUGAUGCCCCAGAGUAUGUUGUUGCUGAAGGCUGCUGCUAUUAUACUGUAAAUGAUCUACUACCUGGAUGUAAACAAGCACAGAUGAAGUACGGUGAGGUUUGUCAGUGUUUUUGAUCAGUGAAUGGAGUUCAGCUGUGUGUAGGUUUGGUUAAAAUGCCUCAAAAGCACUUAAAAGGAGCAAUGUGUAACCAGUACUGACAUGAGGACCAAAGACGAGGGGUGAUAGCUCUGCUAAUGUUAGCCACACUCAAUCUGACAUGGGUGAUUUUGUGCUUGGCCACUCUGUCCUCUGCACUCAGUCAGUUAGAAUUUAAGUUUUUUUUUUUUGUGAUAAAUGUGGAAAUUAGUAUUGUUAUGGUUUUUAUACCUUUUAAACAACAUGAAAGAAACAACAACAAAAAAAAAACAAUGUUGAUGGAGUAAAACUGUAACCCUGCAGAUCUUGUCAGCCAUGAUCUUCUCCAGGCCUGAUGACGGGGGUUGAGUCGAGUUACUCCCCGCUCAGGCCGGGCAGAGCUCCAGAGUUCUGCACCAGCCCUCCAGCUCUGGGGAAAUCCCUGCUCCGUAGAGUAUCUGCUUCCAGAAGUAUCCGUCAGCAGCCAGAAUCUGACACCAGGAGAAGGUUGAAGGUGACUCAGGGUGUAAGGUGGCUCCGGGUGGGUGGGUGGAAACGUGGACCCACUUUCCGCCACCUGGUGUUUCCUGUAUGUGUAGAAAGCUUCUACCAUGAGUGUAUGGCUCAUGUGAUUGGAUUACUGAUCUCCAUGUUGUGUAGAGUUAUCCCGCCUCGGCUCCAUGACUUAUUGCUUCGAUCUCAUGUUUACUUUCACUAAUGGCAGAGCCAGAGGCACGUUGAGUUCAGUGGUGCAGCAAUAAGCACUACUAAGCAGCAGUGCAUACUGUGGCAUGCAGAAAAGGGUGUCGCCAUCAUUCCUCGUUGUACGUCCGCCCCCGAGCUGCAGUUAUUUUUGUUUGCCCUCACACAGCGAGUGCCUUAGAGUGGGAAAGUACUAGAAACCCAGAGUACAUGCUUUUUCACUAAGAAUAUAAGUACAGCUUACUACAUGAUGCCGUUCUCAGGCACUGACGUGGAAACUUCAUGUGAAAUGUUUAAAACGAGCAGUUCACGUAGAGUUUAAGGUGGGCAGCCGAAAAACCUUGAAAAACAGGCAACGAAGAGCUACGCUUUGAAAUAUUGCUUUCCUUUUUUUAAUAUUUAAUUUAUUGUGUCUCUUCAGUGUUUAAAUCUGUUCUUGUGGUAAAGAUGUUUAUUAUACCUGAAGUAUAAUCUGAUAUUUUUUUGCAUUUGUAUCUGAAAGACACUUUAUUUUUCUGUCCUAAGUGUGUUUUAGUAUUUUAAAGGUGGUUAUCAUAUUUAACUUUUAUCAAAACAUUUUAACACUUAUUGCAGUUCCCCCUCGAAUACAUGUUUAGUUUAUUCUGUGUAAAUUAAACAGGUAAAAUAGUUCAGUUAUAAUAUUCAUAGUAGGGCUGGGCGAUAUGGCCUCAAAUCAAUAUCACAAUAUAUUGAUCAGUUCACCUCAAUAACAAUAAAUGGACGAUAACUACUCCACAAGCUGCUCACCACCUCCCACAUUAACUUCGUCGACUUCAGCCGCUACAGCUUCUGAACCGUCCUCCAUCAGCGUCCUAAAGAGACCAUAGCCUACCUACACACACCCAAAAACAACUUUGAUUUAUUUAUUUUGUUUGACACCGAAUAUAGUAACAUGGGCAACAUUUUCGGUUUAUCUCCCAGCCCUAAUCUUGAGUGUGUUUUGGUAUUUUUGAAAGGUGCAUAUUUUCUAUUGAUGCUAAAUUUUAAAUGUGCUUAUCAUAUUGAAGUUUUAAUGUGUAUUGUUGUUCCCCCCGUUAUGUUUUUAUGCCGUCUUUCCCUGUACAUUUCCCCGUUAUCGUGCAUCCAGAACACAAAUAAUUCACUGUUUAUGAUCAAUAAUAUAUCACGCUGUCUUUGUAUAGGCGCUGUAGAGACCGUCAUGUCAGCUUACAUCUUUCUGUACGUGUUAAAUCAGUCGUUGGUUUAAAGGAGUUUGUGUUUUUGCUGAGAGCCGGUCUGAAGGGACUCUUUGUUUAUGAAGCAGAAUCUGCUCCUCUGAGCUUUACUCCACUGUCCCUGUUGGUCACACCAGAUCCUUUCUUCUUGCUGUCGGUCGGCCUGUUAAUUCUCACUUACAGCCUUCAUCUGUCUGUGUGGGUGUGUGGGACAGCUGCCUGUUUGUGCCACAAAGUUGCCUCCUUCUCUGAGUUUUACAGUAAAUCGGAGGUCACCAGUCUGUUGGAGCCGUGAAUUGGUUUACUCACCAGAUAAAUGGUGAAAAUAGAAAUGUUGUUUUCCCUCUCUCUGAUUGCACCGCAGCGUUUUCCUGUUUGAGGGUAAUGCAUCCUACAGCUCCAGUCUUGUACGGGUAUUUUUAGCUGUCUUUAAUGUUAUUUACACUGAUACCAUGUUUGUAUCGUAACCUGUACAAACUGUAAAAAAGUUUUUCCUUUACAUCUGGAAAAAACUCCCCGGAUCAUAUUGAAUAAAAUUUUAUAAGAUUUAUGAGGAUCACAGUAGAUUUGGGUUUUUGCCAUGUUACCCAAACUCUUGUUGUAAUCUAUUUCUAUUUUAUUAAGCUGCAGUAUUUUACCCUUGAUGCUUUGUUAGGGCCUGUGUCCACUGGAAGCAUUUUGUCUCUGCUCUCUCGGGUGAAAAUAAUUAUCUUGGGGUUCAUUUUCUAAUCUGAAGUUGCCGCUAAUACAACAACAUGAUUUAUUUUCACUGUUUUGACGUUUUCUUCAUUAAAUGUCCCCUGGAUAAAAGUGAAUAGAAGCAAACAGAGCUAUUAAAAAUAGAUUUAACAGUCACUUUGGAAAGCAAUGGAUGCAGAGGGACAGCUUUUGUAACUUAGCAACUAAAGACACAGGUGAGAAGUGGACUUAAGUGGAGGAGGUGGUGGUUGCCUCCGCAAAAAAGAUCACUGUAAGUGGACACAGGCCCUCAUAAGUGGACACUCUGGUUUGGGAACUAGGGACAAAUUUAAAACCUGAGGUGUCCAAAGGUGUCCAAACCUUUUUGACUAAAGAAUGACUUUCAUUAACUCUUUGUUUCUCCUCAUAAACACCUUAAAUACUUAAAUUUUCAUCACACAGGUAUAUUACUGCUCAACAGCAACAACCUUUAGAAGUAACAGCGACACAUAAAUCCUUCGAGCUAAAAUCUUGAAGGACUUAAAAAGAUUAUGUGCGAGGUAACAAACAGAAGAAAAUGUAGAAGAAAACGAGGCCAUGUAGACAGUCACGAUUUAGGAUUAUGGGCUGGCUGAUCAGAUUUUAGCUCUCCCUCCAUGAUAGGAAGUAUAGGAGGUAGAGAGCAGGGAUGACAUGCAGUCAAGGCUCCAUGCCACAAAGAUUUUUCGUCUUUCUCUAUCAUCCGAGUUUAACAUGAACGAUUCCCAUCAGUGUCUCCUUUUUCCCGUCCUGUUUGGUGCCUCUGUUUGAGAUGCCCCUGUUUUGAGUUUCCACGUUUUUUGUUCAUAAACCGAACAGUUGACAGCAGGUUGCUUGAACGCUGCAAAACCGAACUUCUGCAUAACAACGAGGGAGUUCUCUUGUAGUGCUUUUGCAUGCUAAAUAAUUGAAAUUGUGUCGAGAUCUCCUACAACACUGAUUUUUCUGGAGCUCGCUGAGGCAUUGGAAGUAAAAAUUGAUCUUCAUUUGAAUUGUUCGAUGAUUUAUUGGUGGAGGUCGGUGGUUUUAUGUGCUUCAGGGGAAUUAAAAAAAAACAGACCACAGAGUUUUUGUGGCGGUGAAUUCGUGUGCAAGCCUCUAAUCUUUUGACGGUGAUGAUUUAUUCCUUACGUCCGCUCUCUAUUCCAAGAAAUUUCUCCAGUUUCAAAUGUCUUUGGCCUUGCCGCACAUCUUAACUCUCUGAGCGCAGGGCUGCGGUAAGUGUUUCUGCUCAGCAUGUCUCUGCCAGGACCACGCCUUUCUGUCAGACAACAUAGUAGUCAGAGAAAAUGCUGAUGUAGAGAAAUCGAGCCUUGUGUAAUAUUCAUGCAGCUACAUGGGAUGCAGCGCCCAUGUCCUCACGGAGCACAGCAUACUGCCUUUGUUUGCAUCUCUGUAAGGUAGCACCGCCGUGUCGACCUGACGUGACGGUAAAGUGUAAAAUGAAGCUCAAGUGGAAACUUGUGAUGAGGUGUGAACGGCAGAUGCGUGUCUGUGAGGGUUUAGGAGAUGAGGGAAGAUCUAUUCUCGACUCUGACAGUAUGAGGAUUUUCUUUUGUUUCAGCAGAAGAAAACAGCUUGAAGUCUUUAUAAAACUGAGGUUUUCUCACUUUGUCUUCGCCCAGCGUGGACGUGAGCAGGUUGGACCGAUGUGCAGUGUCUGCAUUUGAAGGAGCGAGCUCCAUAUCCUCAGUUUUCACAAUAUGACUCACUGCACUAGAGCAGAAAAGUGGAGCAGUGGAUUAUGCUGUGCACUCUGUUUGAUACCUACACCAAAUCAGAUCCAAGAUGGAGUCAUUCUUGUAUUUAAAGUCAGCGUGUCACUUCUUAAAGACCUUGUUGUUGAGGUUUGAUUUAUCCGAUCAGAGAGUGACAGAAGACCAACGUGUAAAAACGGCGUCAUAUUUUAACUGGACUGACUGUCACUUACUUUUAGAUCAUAACACAGACUUUGACAUAGUUUCCCUGUGAUGCUGUGGGUUUGUCAGUAAUUACUGCUACAGCAUCAACGCUUACUGUGUGACAUAAUUGAAAAGAGCCGCCGCCGCCGACAGCUUCACUAGGGUAGUGAUGUUAAUGAGUUGGUCAUUUCUGAAGUUCCCUCUAGUACCUGAGCUAAACUGCAACCUCUGUGGUGUAGAAACAAACCAGAAAUGACACAAACUGCAGUUCCUUGAGUGUCCACUUGAGGCUCGUUCCAAAUGAGUUUUUGCCCCAAAGAGACCCAUGUAUACAGGUUCAAUUCAACAUGUUCACAGUCUGGUAUGAAAACUGGAUUGGGGCGUUACUGUCCCCACACACCAAGAAUUACAUGUUUAGUCAAUGCAAAGAUGCGAUAAGACGCUCCUACUGGCAGGAGCUGGAAAUGUCUCAACUUGAGCAGAUAUUCGCGUCUUGAUAACUAAUCAACACAGAGGGUGCCGGGUGACAUAUGAAAACGUACAGUUGUUCACUGGUAUCUAAAAUGGAGGACGAACUGAUUAUGUCUGUGUGUGGGUGCCCCGAAUUACAUGUUACCUUUUCUUUCACUAUUCGUUCACCAGUCUAGAUUUGCGAGAAUUAAGCGAGAAGAUGACUUUAUUCACGUUUGAUGUGAGCGCCCCAUUAGAUUUGGGUCCUGAGAACCAAGUACCAUCCCAUAGUUCUGAAAUUCAUGGAUUUGAUACAGGACAUGAAUCGGGCAUUUAAGUUCCUGACGGCAGCAUAAAUCAGGAUUUAACCUCAGUCAGUAUGACGCGGUCAGUAUGUGAACCCACAGUGUUGAUCAUCACUUAGAGGGACGUUAAAUUUCUACAGAAGUUUGUUGUAAAUGUGUUUUUAUCGUCAGACAGUCUGUAAAUAUUCUGUUUUAUCAGCUGUUUGUCUGAUCUGCGGUGUUUGCUCUCACUCUGCCAUAGUAACGUUAAAGCCCCUCUGUCUUGCUUCAGUUGUUUCUCUGCUGUUUUUUCUCCUCCUGUUACUGGUCUAAUGGCAUGUGUGGAAUGCACUUGGCUGGUUGUCGGGUCGGCCAUCAUGGUCCUCUUUGGUUUGUGGUAACUAUGAGAGAAAUCUCUGUGUCCACUGGGAAAAAAAAGGAUGUUUGCGUCGUAAAUGUCGGAUUUACACCAGCCCAGCCUCCUUUUUUCCUUCUUCUUCAGCCCCGGCAUGUGUGACCAUUUUGUUAGCGAGCCCGUAUGAAUGUUCGAGUGAGUUUGUCCUACAUCCACUCCGCUCAGAUGAACCGGGUUUCUCACAGUGUUCACUCUGUCUGGAUUAAAUGGCCUCAUUGUGUUGUAGAUGUCUAAGGCGAUGACGCAGAACAAGUCUGGAGGAAAACAUGUCUGGAAUCCACAAAUCUGAGACGACACGGUCUCCUCAAAAUAUAAAUAGAGGUGACAUCAUUUCAACUCACCAAACGUUCAUUGACUAAAAAUGAAGAUGAAAAGGAGAUACCAACUUUGAGGUUUUCAUUGCUCCUGCUGUUGUCGGUGUAAUCAACUGCCAUCAGUGUCUGACCGAGUCUAGGUCACGCCAGCCAAGACUGUAAAAAAACAGAAUUACAUGUUCUCCAGCUCAGAUUUACACUUUUAAUCUGCAACAACAACAUUUGACAAGAAGCCUCAUGAUGUUGGAAAAAGACAUUAAAUACAUGAACUUUUAACUUCUUAGCCAAAGCAUAAAAAAAUCACAUGUUCAGACAGCACCAGUGCUGCUACUAUAGAUAUACAGACAUAGAUGUGUAACAUUUCUGCUCUGACUGUAAACAGUGUAUUGCUCCCCUAAUAGAGAACUUAUGGAGCUGUGGUGUCGCCACUGUGUGUCACAUUAAAACAUGCUUAACACUUAAAACUCCACCCUGAUAACUCAAAAAUAAUAAUAAUAAUAAAAAUAAUAAUAACAAUAAUAAUAAUAAUAAUACAUUUUAUUGAUAAUGUGCUUUAUAUCUGAGAAAACAGAUCUCAAAGUUCACACAGUAAAUGCAAUAGUAAAAACAACAAAUAAUUUAAAAAAUAAAUAAAUAAACAUAAAAUAAAAAUAAAAUAGAUAUUAGUAAUGAAUAAUAAUAAUAAGAAUUAAAUUAAAACAAAUAAAAGAUAAAACGGACCUCAAAGUUCACGCAGUAAAAGGCAAGGGUUAAAACAACAAAUAAUAAUAAAAAUAAAGAAUAAAUAAAAAAUUUAAAAAAAAUCAAAUUAAAAAAAUUAUAAAAAAUAAAUAUGUAUAUAAAAAAUAAAAAGUAGCUCAAUAUGAAUCAAGACCACACAUAGUUCAUCUCUUCCUGAUAAAAAAUAAAAUAAAAAUUGAAUAAAAAAUAAAAUCAAUUAUAAUGAUGAUAAUAAUAAUAAAAAGUAAAAUAAAAUAAAAAUAAAACAGACCUUGAAGUGCACACAGUAAAAGGCAAAAACAACGAAUAGUUGUUAAAGCAAAAAAUGAAAAAAAUGCAAUAAAAAUAAAAGAUAAAAUUAAAAAACAAUAAAAAAAUAAAUAUAAAGUAAAAAAAAAAUUAAUAAUAAUAUAAAACUAGCUCAAUAUGAAUCAAGACCACACAUAGUUCAUCUCUUCCUGAUAAAAGUGUUAAACAAAAACUACAAUAUUUUAACCCUUUCUAACACUAAUUUAAUCAUAAGUGGAAAUGUUCUGUCAGAGCUACGACCUUCCUAUCUCUCCUGCAGCUGUGUUUGUUUUGGUCCUCGCUGUGAUUAAGUGAAACUGGAAGCUUCUGUUUGUCUGUUUUUCCUCCUCCUGGAGAUUAAAGUCGGCUCUAACUGGCAUCAACCACCUUCUUAAGCUGGAAAUAUUGCUCCUCGUUCUUCUGACUAUAACUAACCUGAUUUAUUGCUUUAUUUUCCCCUCCAAGUAUUAACCUCCUCCUCCUUUUUCCUCCUCGUGCUCCUGAUAGACGCCCCAUGCUUCAUGUCUCUCACUCAGACACACUAAGGAGCCCUUAUCCAGCAGCCCAAUAAUGCAGGCAGUGUGAGGCCGGGAAUUAAAUGCUUCCUGUGUCUCUUUAUGGCUCGAGUUGACUCAUUGCAUUCCUCCCAAGGUUAAUGUUUGAUGGAGAAGAGAUGUCGAGCCAGGGAUUCACAGAGCUUUACUCUUCUCUGUCUCUGGCACCGCGGGACUCCAGGGGUCUGGAGGCCAGAGCUUCGUGUGGAUAAAGAGGGGAACAGUCACUCAAUAUAUCAAUCAGUGCAGAUGGACUGUUUUCUUACGCAGUGAAAAAUAGGCCUGUGGCAGAGGUCAAAGUCUGAGGUGCUGAAAACUGCAGUUCCUCAAAACGCCACUAGAGGUUGGCUCAUGUGAAAAUGUCUGACCUCAGAGCAGGGAAAUACCGCCUCAUAUAAAGUAAACUAUUGGUCCUCCGAGCUCAUUUCUCAUAUCUCUCUUGCAUCUUUCUCACCUCGUGGGUCAAACUCAGAAACAUAAACCAGGUUCAAGCCUCUAAAAUCUCCGCCACUGGUUAGUUUACGAUAUUUGUGUCCAAGCUGUUCACACUCGUACCAAAGUUUCAGGUCUGGAGCUCUUAUGGCUUUACUUACCGACACAUUGAAAGAGAUGGAGACACGCCGUCCACAGCUACACUGUAUAACCAAUGGUUGCAUUUUACACUUUGCCGUCAUCUUUCCAACCUCCAGACUUGGGUUUAUAGUUUGUUAUAGUACAGACCGUUGUCAGCUCGUGAACCCUUGUUGUUCCGGUCUUUGACUCUGUCCCAGAAUACACACACCUGUACCUCCUCCUGAUGACUAAUUCUAACCUGCUGACCCCUCGGUGCUUUGGGUCACCUGGAAAACGCCCAGUAUGCCAGAUUGCUGCUCCCCGGUCAGCGUCAGCACUUAUAGCGAGAGGUUUUUUUAGGGUAAGAGUAAAGUGCAUACUCUGCUGUGAAGGGAGGGGACACACUCCUCUCACUAAAUCUAACAAUAUGAGCCGAACACGGCAGGUGACCCAGUAAUCGUCUAAUCUUGAUUAUCUUGUUUUUCUUUUCUGCUCAAUUUUCUGUUGGUAUUGAAGCAGAACAGAUCAUAAUUUUCUGCUUGACAUCACUGUUGGAUUUUGUCAAAAUAUGUCUGUAAUUAUUCUGAUUAGGUUUUUGUAGACUUUGGUUGCAUGUGGUGCAGUUUUAUUCCUUCUCUGUUAUAUUUGGAUCGGAGUUUUGUUAGUUAGGAAUAAGCUAUUAUGUCUGCAGGCCAAAUCUAAUCAGUAAUAAUUUUCCAUAUGAAAUAUUUCUCUAAUGCUUUCCUCUCCCGAACUCUUGAGUGUGUUAUUUACUGCUUCAAUGAAUGUAGAGGAAUCGUCCAUUUUUAACUCCAGUUGAGAAAACUACCCACUCUCCCUUUACUAGUCUCUGGUCACUGAACGUAAAAAUGUACCAGAGGCCUUUGUGUCUGAGUGUUCAGUGAUACCGUCUGGAGGAUGUGCCGAGUCAGAGGCACGCUAAACGUCGUUAACAUUGUCGUCAAUCCUAAAUGCAUUAGUAUAGAUCCAGCUGUGGGUAAGAAGCGCAUAAAUGAUGAUUGAAGAGGAAUCGGAGACUCUGCAGACGUAAUGGGGAAAGUGAUGUUUGUGCUUCGGUGCCAGAAAACUCAACGCCGUUCUUCCUUUUAAACCGAGAACCCUGAAGGCACCGGACCCCUGGCGGGCGGGUUGUUCUGGGUUCCUCUGCAGAGAGCCGUGGAUGCUGAGAGAUGCUGAGGGAUGCUGUUAUUAAUACGAGGCAGAUUGAAGAGCUGUCAUGACUCAUUGUUGCAGGCAGCAGCAGCAGAGCUACUUGCCAUCCAUGUGAAACUGUGAUCCGGCCCACUCAAACUCGCACCAUCCUCUGCAUGUGGAGCGAAACGCAGGGAAUCAAGUCAAUAUUCAGUCCCUGUGAGAUGCUAAUGUGUGUUUAUGGGAUUAUUUAAUCAUCCUGAUGAGAGAGCUGGAGUUCGCUGUUUCCAAGUUCGACAGGAGCACUUCUCUCUCUUCUGUGAUUCAGCUUGUCCUUAGCAAAGAUCCGGAGUUACAACCGAAUAUUGUGAUCCAAUUAUUUAGUUACACUCUGCUUACUACAGAGCGCUUAACGAGCCUCAAACCUUCAUUAUCUCUCCUGGAGAAUUGCAACAGCUAAGCCCGACUCAGAUAAAGGGUGUAGCUUUAACAAAGUCCUGAAACGGGAACAACAGCGCGCUUAUCCCUCUGUCUGAAAAUAACACAGGCCGAGGAGAGUUUAGCCGCCUUUAGAGCUGUUUGGCAGUCUGUAACCUGCUGUAACCCUUCAAAUCCAGGACCUGUGGACUUCUAUCACCAGUCUCUUACCUUUUUAUCUCUAAAGACCGUUUUGAGAACUGCUUUGAGUUUCCUGAUUGAGAAAUGUGCAGUUUUUGGACAUCAUACAAGAAUGUUGACUUGGAGGAGACUUCCAGUCCUCUUCGUUUCUGCUUAUUUUGCUUCGUGUUCAAAGUUAACAACGGUUUGGAAAGGCAAACAACAUAAACCACUCAUGCAAAGUGGACUGUAGCUACAUACCAACCAGCUUAUCAGUCUGUUUUUACUUCUGCUUGUUUCGGACGUGUCGUGUGAUAUCGUAAUCUUCCUCUCUGCAGGUUCACUUUCUAAUUCUGCAUGAAUUACGUGUCUGACAGAAGGGUUAGGCUUUAAAACACAGAUUUAUAACUAAUGUAGGAAAUCUAAUUAAAUAUUGAAUUAGUGAAUUUUCCUUAAAGGGAUCAAUAAACUUCUUAUUUGAUGUCGUGAUUUAAAUAUCUGACAUUAUUACAAACAGACUAUAGAUGCAGCUCACGUCCUCUGUGCUCCACUACGAGCUUGUGUGUGUGUGUGUGUGUGUGUGUGUGUGAUGUACCCCGCAUCGCAAUGUAAUGUAUUGCUGACUCAGACCAAAUGCGUCAACAGCUGCUGUUGCAGGACAGACAGUGGUGUUCAGAGGGGCGGGGGGUUCAGAGGAGCGGGGGCUGAUGUGUGGGAGAGUUAGUAGGUUAGAUUAAAAUAGAACAGAUUGGCUUUUUUAUUUCCCAUCAUGCCUCAUGUAUUGAUUUGACAUCGUCCUAUUUCAGUCCUGACAGGAGUAGCUGCUCUCUGAUGUGACUCUCACUUUGUAGAGGAGUCUUUGUUGCUAAAACUCCAGAGAUGUUAUCUCUAUUUAUAAAACCAACACUCUUCAAAUGUCUUUUCCUGACGAUCCUAUUUUUGUGCUUUUAGGCCCAAAUCGCCUUCCUGCAGGGGGAGAGGAAAGGCCAGGAGAACUUGAAAAAAGACCUCGUGAGGAGGAUCAAAAUGUUGGAGUACGCGCUGAAGCAAGAGAGGUGAGUGUCUUACCACCCACUGCUGCUUCAGCCCACCCACAAAACACACAAACACAUCAGCUGGUCUGCAACAACUGCAGUGUUUCCACAUUUUGUACACUCCUAAAAAUACAUUCCUUUGUGGGAAACAGAAAAAAAAGAGAACACGGCAGCGUGAGAUUUGCAUCGGUCAACAAAUCACCUGCUGCACCUGCACGGAGCGUCUGCACACUGUAGAGCCGGUUUAAAUAGAGAGUGGGAACAUCGCCAGCGUCCACUUGUUUAUAUUCUGUGCAUACCACUCGGAUGUCUCCGCCGGUGUCAGCAGAAGUAACAACAGAGCGAGAGUGCCAGAGAGAUUCCCCCGAGUCCAGCUGGUGUGAUGUCUGCGGACGGAGGCAUGUGUUGGCACGGAGGCUUUGUUUGCCGUCGGAUGCUGAUGACUCUGCAUCGUCCUCAGCAGAAGGACGAGACGGCGAGACCGCUCUCUCUCUCUCUUUCUUCAGUAAACCUGAAGUUUUACAUUGUUCUCAUUCUCGUGUGCAGCCGCCCGUCAGCGUCACACAAAAGGUCCCUGUGGCAGCGCCGCUGUCACACUUUGCAUUUCCUCUCCUCUGUAACGCAUGGCUGCACCCCGGAACAGAGAUAAGUUUGUCAUUUCUAUGAACUGUAAAGCUGGUCAUUCAAGCAGAUGGAGCGUUCUGGAAAAUCUAAACAAGUCGCCUUUUUUAUUUUGGAUCCAUGUAAAGCAUCUCUCAGUCCGUCUAUAAAGCUCGGUGUCUAAAUUCGAUAAAGUCACCAAAAACUUUCCACCAUGUUUUCUUCUGUAAUGUGGGAUCAUUUCCACCAUUUCAGGGGUUUUCUUGUUCCUCUUCCCUCCUAGUAAACUCGUCUGUUCAUCCGACAUCUGACAGCUGGUUAAGUCUGCUCCUUCAGAUUAAAGUUGUGAUCUUCCUCACAUGAAUCACGUUAUCAGUUGUAGCUGUCAGUUUUACUACUCCUCCAUCAGGUGUAAUUUUCAGGCUGUCUCUGUAGAGCCUCAGUCUCUGCCUCCUCCCUCAACAAUAAUAAUAACACCAGGAGAAGAAUUCAGAUGUUUGUGUGAAGGCGCUGAGUGACUUCGACGUCUACGAGUGAUUGGAGUGACAGCGAAGAAAUAUAUGACUUAAAAGGUUGAGAGUAGAGAUGUUCAGAAAUGCGUUUUUUACUUUCCCUGAGAUAAAGAUCAUUUUACUCCUUUAUUUCAAAGGACACAGGACAGUAAAUGUCAGGAGUUCAGAGAGGGGGAUGACAUGCAGCAAAGGUUUGAGGUCACUGUCAGCCAAUGAGAUCACAGUAUUAGACCCAGCAGUGUAACAAUACAGGUCAUCGCUCUGCUUCUCCAGAGGAUCAUCAUGAGGUUAGUCCAGCCCUGAAUCAUCCUCCGUCUGUUUGUGGUGUGUAUAUUUAUCCACUUUCCUCCGCUGAGAUCACCCCACACUCAACCACAGGUGCAACACUUAACCUGGCAUAACUACCACUCUCCAUGGUUGCUAAGCAACAGGUCAUGUCUCAGGGGGAUAUCUGAAAGCAAUAUCAGGCUGUCUGAAUGUUAGGGUGUGCACAAUUUAAAGUGAAUUUGGCUCUGACCAGGGCGUGUGCUGGAGGAGGAGGGGGGGGCAGAGCUGGACUGAGUCGACCUUUUACAAACGAUGACGCAGUCAAAACCCAAACCUCACCGUGAAAUCUCAUGUCUUUACCUGAUUUAAUAUGUCAUCUUUUCAGUGUGUUGUAAAACUUUAUUUCAGACUCAGUUAUUUUACAGAAAACAAAACAAAAGAUACAAGAUGUUGUGUUUGAUUGUGAUAUUUGAAGCUGUCUGAUCCAAAAUCCAACAGAUAGAGUCAGAAUUAUUUCAUUGCUCUUAUUUACUUGAUUUACUUUUUUUUGUUGUUUAUUUUCCUUUUACUUCCUUAAAAAUCAAAAACAAAAUAAUGACUCGAAGUAGGUUUGGUGAUGACCUCACCUGUGUGGUCAUCAGGGGAGCAUCUGUACAGUCAUACAGAUCUUGUGCAUCUCACAGUCAGACACAUUUCUCUCGCGCUGAAAUAAAGUGGUCAUGUUGUUCCCUUUGGCAGCAGCAGCAGCAGCAGCAGCAGCAGCGGCGGCCUCUUCAGUAAUGCUGGAGGCCAUGCUGUGGUGUUUCCCUGUAGGAAGGAGCUACUUGGUUUUAAAAAUCCUUCUCCACCCCAAUACAAAUCAAUCUAAAGAAGUGGAUUAUUGCCAUAGACUGUAUAAAGAAUGGACAGAGUCUGCCUCCUCGCUGGGUGAAACCACUCCGAGAACAGCACCCUCUGUUGACAGGCUGCAGUAUAGGUCAUAAAUCCCGCCUCCGCCAGCGAAGCUUAUGGAGCUGUGGACAAACUUUAGAAAUUUAUUACACAGAAUAUAAAUUUGCUUGUGAUGUUGACAUGUAGUUACUGUCAGACUGGUUUGUGCUCAAGUCCUCUUUUUUUCUGUGAAGCUCCGUUUUUAAAAGUUAUCAGGGGGUUCAUGUUUUCCAUGAUUGACACCUGAUACAGCCUAUGGGUGUUCAGGGAUUGCGUAGCUCUCCCGGGGGAUACGCUGUUUGAGCCGAGCGUCAUCACAGCGACUCUCUGCGACUGCGCGUCCGAAUGCGCGCAUCAGAACCAAGUUGUCCAUAGUGUAUACAGUCUAUGAUUAUUGCCCCGACAUAAUCUGAACUGUCUCGGUAAAUCUGAACAUGUAGAAUUUCAUUUUUGAGUCAUGAGAGGUAGAAGAGUUGGAUGUGAUUUUGUCUUAAAAACUGUAAUCAGUGCAUUUAUUCAGCGCUAAAUGAAUGUAUUUACUGCAUUAGUCUAAAAUCAAAAUGCAUGUUGACAUGUUUGUGUUAUUAAAAUUGGACCAACAUACCUAGAUAAUACUGCUGAGCCUCAAUCGGACCCAGACUGAUGUUCUGAGCAUCUUUUCACAGUUUGCCUCCAGUUAAACACGUUUCUCAGUUGUUUUAGUUUGUGACACGACAGGCCAGCUGGAAUUAGGUCCAACAGUAACUUGCUGAGAGAAGGCGAAUUACCACCCAGUGUAGUGAGGGUGACAUGUUUUUGUCAAUAAAUGGAUCCUGGUCCUGUGUUGCAUGCUGGGACAUGGUCAAGAGUCCAAUCAAAUCACCUAAUCGAGCUGUAAACGCUCAAUUUAACUGUUCCCUGGUUUUGUUGGAGACGUUUCUGAUGAACGUGUCUAUAUGUAAAUUACUUUAUGUUUGAACAUGUUUGAUUCAACAACAGCUGUUCUAAUAAUGAUAAUAAUAAUAAUGAUAAUAAAACUGAAGCUUUUAAACACCAGGAUUAGGGAUCACUUCACCUGUUUCUCUGAUCGCUGUAAUGUUUUCUUUUGUUGUUUGUCUUCUUUAUUGUUUGUUGGUCAUUAAGAGAGUUGUUUUGUCUUUGUCAGGACCCUCUUUUGAAUCUUUGUGGAUCAGAAUUGGCUCAUAAAACUCAGUCCGAUCAUGAAAACGUUAUUUACUUUUUUCCAGAUCAUGUUUAUCAUCAUGAGGAUGUUAUUUUCAGACAUAAACCUUGCAGCUUUGCAUGCCAGCGAGUCUGUCUGGCAGUCUUAGCGUGUCUGUAAAAAGUAGAGCACGUCGACUGUCAGAGCGUCCUGCAGAUUUCUGGUAUAAUGAGUUUUUUAAAUAGCUCCGUCUCAGACCUUUUUGAUAAGCCCUGUUUUCGUAUUUGUCUGACUUCCUCCUCAUCUCUUGUCCUUCUUUUUUUUUUCUUACAGAGCCAAGUACCACAAGUUAAAAUAUGGGACAGAGUUAAACCAAGGGGACAUGAAGCCUCCGAGCUACGACUCUGGUAAGUCCUCAAACAACAGACUCCUCCCCCCUCCUCACACUAAAUCACUGUCGAGUUCACAUACCGCCACUGACAGGACUGGUACGCAUGUGGAGGAUGCGCUCAUGUUGAAUCUUGUUGGCCUCAAUAGCUCUCUUUUCACUCAACGUUGAAUACAGACGAGUAGAGAGGAGAUGGUCAGAAAACAAAAGUUGUCUCCUUUUAAGAGGCGGGUUUAGUCAAUGAAAAGACGUAUUUUAUGGUAUCUUCUCAGGUAGACUUUUAAAUAACGAGAAUUACGCUCACCAAAAGGUAAAGAUAUCUUCUCUGGAUGUUUCUGUGUCCAUCAAAAUUUACUGGAGGAGAUUGGAGCGGAUUUACGAGGUUCAGAACAUUUCAGAUCAAACUCACAGCUGCAAGAAAAGGUUAUCUGUUUGUCUGACUGUUUGAUUGAAAGCUGAUGUCUCAAGUGUGACACAAGAUAUGAUUGUUUUUUUAUCAUUUGCUUCAUGAAGCUGCGACAACGGGGAUAAAAAUUCGACAUCCAAACAAAAAAGAAAACAAAUUUGACCUUUUAAACCCGAGUUUUAGUCUCAGGUUUGACAGAGAACAGAAUCUUUUGUUGGUUUUCUGAUUUCAUAAAAACUCCUUUUAGUCUAUAAAUAGUUGAACAAAUCGCACUUGUUUCUGCAGAAACUGUCCUUUUUUCUGAUUUGAUUCAAAGAAGUGUGGGCUGUUGUUUUUUUUUUUUUUUAAAGGGACUAGUUGUACUGGACGUGGAUCCUGAGAAAGCUGCUGUCUCAGUAUGAAAAGAGAUAAUCAUGUUAUUUUAAUGGUUUGUCUGGACAAUAUUAAAGCUAUAACAUUAAGAUGAUUUGUUACUAGGUAAUUACCUGUUAAUUACCUGGUAAUAAGUGUACCGUAAAAGAAAGUGUUACCGAGAUUUCUUUCCCGCCUUUUUUAAAGAUUUGAAAACAUCCAUCUUUGACGACAAAAAUUAACAAAACAUACAUUGUAGGGAUCAAACUGCUUAAUGGAUACUCUAAUCUUUCCUUUAAAUAUUUGUUUGAAGUAUACAGAGCUCAGUACUGCACUAAACUCAGGUGUAAACUCAGGUACGGCACUUCCUGUCUGUGGUUAGAAUCCUGUAGUUUAAUUGGCCCCUUAUGUUGGAGUUUUCUGCCAUCAUGAAGUCAGAUUGCGACACCUCCCCUCCUCAUUUCUAUUCAUGCGGGCUGUUUUUCAAAGCGCCUCAGCCCAAGAAGUGUUGAUGAAUGAGGAGAGGAGGAGGAGGGGAGGUGUGAAGAGAAGAGGGGGAUAGAGAGAGAGAGAGAGAGAGAGAGAGCACCACACGAGGAGUGAAGGUGUCGCUCGUACGGUGGCGCCCACACCUGCCCGCUCCUCACCCUCCUGAAUUAGGCAUGACCCACUUUUUGAGACACCCUUGAACUGGCUGCCCUGCCAAAUCAGCCCAUGAACACACACUCACACACACACACACACUUACACACACACUCACCCUAUCUAAAUCUUAUUAACACGUCUCUACCCUCUACAAAAUUUUCCAGCUGACUUGCGAGGCGAGUGCUGACGCUGUUGAAUAUCAGAGUGAGCUCGGCCUGUCAUCGACGUUUAGACAGUCAUAAAGAGUGUGUGUGUGAGUGUGUGUGUGUGUGUGUGUGUGUGAGUGUGAGUGUGUUGUUCUGGAUUCCUCUGGCACACGCGCUCGUGUCGUUACUCUUUCUAAGAUACCAUGAGACGUGGUGGUCGUAUUAAAGGUGUUUCUCAAUAUGUCAUUUCAUAACAAGCGUCUUAUUUUAGCUUCAUGAACGAGUCGUUGCUCCUCCUGAGUGAUAAACCUGCUCUCUGUUUCUAUUCCUGCGCUGAUUUGUUCACAGUUUUAACACGACACUUCUUACCUGCUGGGAUGUCAUAUUUAGAUGGAAGUGAGUUAUUAAAGAGCUCAUGUUGACAAAUACUAGAGGAGAGUUUGGUUCAUUUUUUUUUACAGUUAAAUUCUUUAAAUGUUAUUUUUCUGGUUUGAUUCAGAGAGCAGCUGUUCCCUCUAGGAUGAGCUCCUCUCCUCUGCUGUCUCUGAGAAAAAAAAAAAACUCUGAGUUCUUGGUGCGUGUAGUUGCCAGGAUGCCGUGAAUCAGGAAUGUCCUGGUCGUGUUUGCGGAGCGGAAAUAAUGUCAGAGGCCGAGCUGUUUGCUGAGCCCUAAUUUCUGUCCUCCUCUCCUCUCCUCCUCUCCUCUCCUCCUUCUCCAGACGAGGCCAACGAGAACGAGUCCACAGGGUCGCUCAACAAUCAGCUGUCCUGGAAACAAGGACGCCAGCUCCUCCGACAGUAAGAGAUCUGUGUGUGUGUGUGUGUGUGUGUGUGUGUGUGUGUGAGUGUGUGUGUGUGUGUGUGUGUGUGUGUGUGUGCGCACAAACAUCCAUCCCUCUGCCAAUCUAGAGUACUUUUGUCCUCCUUUUUUAUCUGUUUUUCACUUUUUUUCAGUUCCUUCUUUUCUUUCUUUCUCAUCUUAUUUUUCUUCUGUCUUUCCUUCUUGAUUUUUUUCUUUCUUCCUUGAUCUGUUCUUCUCCUUCCCUUUUUUCCUUUCCUUCCUCUCUUAUCAUCCUUUGUCUUUCCACCCUUCUUUUCCUCCUUCCUUGGUCUUUCAGUCUUUCCUUUCCUUCCUCCUUCCUCUGUUUUCUUUCUUUAUUUCCUUCUUUAUUUUUUCAGUCCCAUCUUUCUUCUUUCUCCUGUUUUCUUUCUUUCCUUCUUUUUCCUCACUUUUUUCUGUCUCACACCCCUUCCUUUCCUCCUUCCUUGGUCUUUCAGUCUUUCCUUUCCUUCCACUCUUAUCAUCCUUUGUCUUUCCAUCCUUCUUUUCCUCCUUUGGUCUUUCAGUCUUUCCUGUCCUUACUCCUUUCAUUUCUCUUUUCUCAUAAUUCCUUUUCCUUAUUUCUCUCCAGUUUAUCCCUCUAUUUCUUUUUCUCUUAGUUCCCCCUUUCUCUUUUUUCUUCCCUCUAUUUAAAUCUUUCUUCUUUCCUUACUCUCUCAUCCCUUCUUCCUCUCAGUCUUUUUCUCAUCCCUCUCUUCUUCUGGGACAGUUUUCAGAACAGUAAUUUACUGAAUUAAAGAUGUUUGAAGGUCCAGACUUCUGUCCCGCUCUGGUCUCCUGUGUGUCUGAUAGACAGUUGUGUAUUCCUGCAGCUGUGGAGAAGAGCGCCCUCUCAUGUGCAGCAGACGUCAUUACCUCCUUGUGUUUUCGUCUCCUCUGUGUAAUCUGGUUAUGAUUUCAUAUCAGUCUGGGCUCAGUCAGAGUUAAUCACCCCAGACGCCGUCAGGCUGCCUCUCACAUCAUCUGUCCUGACAUGCUGUCUGAUGAGGACGCCAAUUUAUUCUGGAGGGACGGAUCAAUAAUGAGCGGAGACACACACACACACACACACACACACACACACACACACACACACACACACACACAGACACACACACAUACCCCUCCCUCAGAGAGCCGGAGGUUUCUCUCCAUCCCCUCAGACUCAGAGGAGGUGUGAUGUUUGAUGAGCGGUUCAGAGAUGAUGCACCAACCAGACGACUCUCAUGACACCAAAUACUGACGUGAUGUGACGUGACUAUAAACCCUCUGACGUCCCAGUCGUUUAAGAGUAUAAUCCUCAGGCCCAACAUUUCCACAGUAUACCCUGAACAUGUGUCUCUUUUUAGGAAAUAUUUUAGUAAAAUUUAAGCAAAUAAAAAGUAGAGAGGAAAUCAGCAGAGUUUACAAGGAUGCAGAUCCGUCAAGUUUCCACACAGCCAGCUGGUCCAUCAUUUUAUUAAUAGGAACAUAAUUUAUUGAUGGAGUAAAGAAAGACGGAGCUUAAGGUCCAAGUUUUUCUUUAUUUUCGUUGAGUAUUGAGUCAAAGAAACAGAAGUAUUUACGACGUGAAUAAACUGCCAUAAAGAGACACAUGAGCUGUAAAUGUAAUGAAGUUUAUUUGACCUCGUUUCCAGGUAUCUGCAGGAGGUGGGCUACACAGACACCAUCUUAGACGUCAAGUCCCAGCGGGUCAGAGCCCUGUUGGGUCUAGCCGGAGAUGGAGGCGGUAGGACAGGUGAACGGACCGGUACUGAACCUUUGGUCAACGGGACGGACACGACAGCGAAGGGCUCCAGAGGGUGAGUGUCUGCUGGAUUUUUGUUUACAUUAGGAACAAGUGUUUCCAGUUUUGUUCACUAUUAUACACAUAAUUCAUCGAAGCAUGAACUUAAACAUGUUUUUGUUAUUCUUGUUCAGGAAAGCUGAGCUGUCAGACAGCAGCGCCGUACUGGAGGCCUUCAAGUUCAUUGAGAACGCCGCGGCUGAGUUCAGCGACGAAGACGAGGAGGAUGAUAGCGAGGGGAAAGACAGGAUGAACGUGGAGUCCAGGACGGUGAGAAAACAGUUAGUAAACAACCGCAGAGAAGCAGAAGUUCACAGCAGACGACUUCUUGUUUAUAAAUUCGAUUUUCCUCUCAGAUUCUGAGGAAGAAGCCUCCCUCGUCUUCAACGUCACCGGCCAGUAUGGACACCAGCGAGGACCCCGACACAGAGGAGGCACUGAAGGGCUUCGACUUUCUGUCCAGCCCUGAUGAGAUGGACACCUCGCCGGAGUCCAGAGGAAACGGGGACGGCACAGACUGGGGUAAGGAACCAACUCGAACUACAAAAUAUUCAUUUCCAGGGAAAAUAUCAGAUUUAUUGAAUUUCUUACUCAACGAUGAGACGAUCUGAUGUUGAUCUGAGAGUUUAACGUCGAAGAUUUAGAGACAGUGAAGAUUGAUCUGAUAAUGUUGUCUAACUUUGGCUCCUUCUAGAGUUUCACAGAGUUCUUGUCAUUCAUAUUUCAUGCUGUGUUCAUAAAUCAUGAUGUUUGGAGUGUCUCUGUUUAACCCAUAGUGUGUGAUCUCUUCCACUGUGUGUCCCCAUAGCCAGCCUGUGACCACAAUGUGUCUCCCACUCCUGUGUGUCAUCACACCAGCAGGGUUCCUUUAAAUCUGAUUGGUCCUCAGACUUAAGACGAAAAAAAAAAUCAAUUAUUUUUUUUAAAUCACAGAAAUUCUGAGGUUUAAAUUUGUUAUUCUCAAAAAUUCCCCUCUCCUACUUCCUGUUCAAAAUCAAUCCUGAAAAGAUCAAACGAUCUGGCUUUACACGCUGCUCUUGUUUCUGCUUUCACUCUCUUGGAGGUCUGAGGAACCUCCAGGAGAGUCGGAGAGACCCUGUUGUGCCGGGCCUCUCUCGCCCGGACCAGGGCAGUUCCUCAGCAGCCUCUCGGUCUGGUUUUGUUCCCUCUGUGUAGAGAAGGACGAGCAAGGUCCCAUUUCUGAGGCCUGGGACGUGGACCCGGGCCUGAUAACCAAACUGAAGGAGCAGUACAAAAAGGAGCGCAAGGGGAAAAAGGGGGUGAAGAGUAAGUCCUGUCAGGCAUUGCUGCCUCCCUCCCUCCUCCUCCUCCUCCUCUUUCUUGAGACCGACUUUUCUGAGUUCAGCCACAAAAAAAAAAACAACCAAAAAGUAAAAAGCUGUUUUUCUCAUCCACUUCUUCAGCUGCUCCUUAUACGACGCCUGAAAACUGGCAUUGCUCUGUCCUUUUUGUCUCAUUUCAUACUGAAUGUCUCUUCUGUCUUCUUGUAAAUCCUCAGGGCCCAGGGUUCAAAAUGUUCAGUCUGGAUUUCAAAAUGUUACUCCUGAACAAACUGAAUAUUUAAUUUAGUCCAAGAAAAACUGGGUUGGAUCAGCCUCCUUAACAGACUGUAGAUCACCAAACCAAAAUCAUCCUUCAUACUCAUGGACGGUUUAAAGUGUCGUCAGUUUGAGGAGUUUUGGAACACAACGAUGGGGCCGCCAUGUUGGAAAUGCCGUUUAAACUUAACUUAAGGUCAACACAGGCAAAGAGGUGAAGCUGAAAUAGGCCCUGAGCUUCCAUCUUUCAGUCAAAGUCUUAAUUCUGCAAAUUUAUGCGUAACUGUUAGCCUCGAUGCUAAACAAACAAAUGAGAAAUGGAGAAGUUACUCUCUGACAGGAAUGGGGCUGUUACCAUGGCGACAGUAGGCGUCUUUUUGAGUAAAGCGAAUAUUUCCAUCGGGCUCAAAGUAAUCAAAGUGUCUGAGAUGAAGAAGAUGUAACAGACUGACAGUGAGCGAACUUUAAGCAUCCAUCUGAGAAAAGAUGAAACACUUUUAAAAACUGACAUUUAAAGAGUUUCAGUGAAUCCUAAAAACAACGUUUGAGCUUUUUGCUCUCUUACUGUUCUGUAGUCGGGCACUUCAAAAUAAAAUGAUCAUUUACAAUGUGGGAAAUAAAGCAACUAAAAAACAAGAACAGAAAAAAUUCAAAAUAAAAGCAUAAUUAACGAUGUUGGAAAUAAAGCAACUUUAAAAAUACAAGAGUGGAAUUUUUUCAAAAUAAAAGCACGACAAACAGUUUAAUGUGUUCAGUCACAGGUCUGCUGAUGUGGAUAAAAAAUAUGGCAAUAAUAUUGUUAUAGUGAUAUUUUAUAACCCUGAAAAGGGGUGAAAAUCUGACAUUGUGACGGCCUCAAAUUCAGACCAAAAACUCUUUUUUUGUAUCAGGCUGCAAACAUGAAAUUCUCUUGUAAAAAGGGACAUUUUAACGAGGGUGUUGAGGGGCUGCCUCAAGUGGACACUUGAGGAACUGCAGUUUUUUAAACGUCCUUUAAACACUCAAAGUUGAUGCUUCGAUUUUUAAUAUUUCUAAAACCCACCUUAAAUUCUUCAACUAGAUGUAGUUUCCUGAGCCGACCCAGUAUUUUUAGAUAUUAUUCACUGUCGUUUUGUUUGAGAGCAAAUUUUAAAUAGAAAAAUAAACAUAAAUGUGAUCUAAUCUGGUUGUUUUGUCCUGAUCGGAUGACGUUUGAACAGCUGGGCCCUGACUGCGAUGCCAAACGCACGUUUUUCUGUCUUGUUUUGAAUUCACCUCAUUAUUCUGUUUGUCCCGUCAAACACAAACAAUCAUUUGUCUCCACCUUCAUCUGUUUCCUGCGUCUCUAUCCGCUCAUAAAACAGUCAUCCUCAUGUACUGUGUGAGUACUACAGUAACAAUCAGCCUCUUCGCUGCUGUUUUAGAGCAAUUAAAAGCUUUUCCAGCGACUGAGUGAAGUGACUCAGCUGCUCUGAGUGUAACAGCCCACUUUAGGUAAAGCCUCGUUCAGCGGCUGAGAGCUCUCCUGUUUCAGAUUCAUGAGGCUGAAGCUCUGCACUCGCUCCUGCUGUUUUUCAAACUGUGAUUGAAUCAUGAAGCUCCACGGCUCGCUCGGUUCAUCUCACUCUCUUCCUCAUUUGAUCACGACUCCACUCUUUACACUUGGCUGUCUAUUUUGGUUCUUCACACCGCGGCGGUACGUUGUUGCUCGGUGGGCGUGUGGAGGAGAUCAUCUAGAGAAGUGUUAGAGUUUCAGAAACCAAAGGCACAAAAAAAAAAACCUCUAACAGGAUCAAACAAACGACUUAAACUGGAGCUUUUUGAAACAGCGAGUGAAAAAAGGACAAACUGAGAUACCUGACGAUGAAUCUGUCAGAGUUUUAUUUUCAGCUCCUCUGCGUCUUUUUGCUCGGACAAUAAAAAGAGAGUGUUGUACUUCUUUAGUGAUUUCAGGUGAAAGCUUUUAUAACAAUUGUUUCAGUUGUUAGAUUCAGAAAGAAUAAGCGAAGGGUCUUUUCCUCUCUCUCCACAUUUACAGAUUUAACAUCUUCUCUGCCUGUUGAAUUCACCUGAUCAGGACUCUAGUUCAGCCGACUUCACCUUUUAUUUCCUCUUUUUCUUUCUUAUGAACAUCUGCUCUUCCUUUUCAGUGCUUCUCUCCCAUCCUCAGUUCUCUUUUUCAGCUUGCACUCCGCUCACUCGUUUUUCUUUUACCCCUACCUUCUCUCUCUCUCUUUAUCGUGACUGUCUGUUUUGGUGACUCUGUUGACCUGAUUCGCCACACAGGGCCAAACCGGUCCAAGCUGCAGGACAUGCUGGCUAACCUCAGAGAUGCAGAGGAUCUGUCCCACAUGCAGCCUCCGUCCCAACCUCAGUCCAGGCCAAACGCAGUCCGCUUCAACGAGCACGAGCCCAACAGGACCGAUGAAGGUACGAUACACUCGACUCAGGAUGUGGUUCAGAUUCAGGUUCAGGAUCUGAUUCUAAAAAGCUGAUUUGAAUGAAUCACUAAUAUUUUUUAUUACCUUUUCUUUUAACAUUUUUUAUAAAACAAACAAAACAUUUAAAAACCAAUCCCACUGCAUCCAUUUAAUAAUAAUAAUAAUUCAUUUUAUUUGUAGAGCGUUUUUAAAAACACUCAGACGAUUUACAUAGAACAUAAAACCCAAGGUAAUAAAACAAAGACAUAAAAACAUUAGAAAUAAAAUGAAUAAAACAGUUAAAUAUUAAAAGCAAUUUUAAAUAAGUGAGUUUUUAAAAGGGAUUUGAAAGUAGUGGGGUCAGGGCGGUGUCUGAUGGAGGGUGGUAGGGAGUUCCAGAGGGUAGGGGCAGCUGUGGAGAAGGCCCGCUCCCCCUAGGUUCGGUGCUUGGGCCGUGACUUUAGGCUGAGGAGAUGGGCAGAGGAGGAUCGGAGGUUACGGGGGGGGGGCCUGAGGCUGGAGCAAGUCGGUGAGAUGGGGGUCCAGUGUAGACGGAGGAGGAUGGGGGUGAAGUGGUCUCGUGAGCGGGUGUGGGUAAGGAGGCGGGUGGCAGAAUUCUGGACUAUCAGGUCAGGAGGCUGAUUUAGUACUUUUAGAGAGAGAAAUAAAAUCACUUUACAGAAACAGAUUUGUGUUUUUAUCUCAAAUCCUCCGAACACUGAUGCUCUUUGAACUCCUGUGGCUCUUGCACUCAUCGUGACAGCAGGGCUCCUAAAUCGACCUCUCUGUGUUUGUCUGUUUUUGAUGAGGACGUCUGUUUUUCUGCGUCUCGGGCUCCGUGAUGUUUUUAAGUGCUGCAUCCUGACUGAUGAGCUCUCUGCCUGUGAUUCGAUCAAGACGGUUUCUGUCUCCUCAAUUAUCUUCUUACCUCGCUGAAACAAGACAGUAGACUCUGGACUGCACGGUCUUCACUUGGACAAGAGAGGCAGAUAGCGCCCCCUGCCAGUUAAAGACCAUUACAGCGUGUCUUCUCAGGGCAUCAUUAGGAGAUGCAUGUGGCAGAAAUUGAGAGAUUAAUUUUAAAAUUUCAACCAGUUUUUAAUCCCAUGUUUAACAACCGUCACUCUCUCUCUAAAAUAAAUGUGAUUAUUUUCUGUUUUGGCGGCAGCAGGACGCAGAAAGUCAUUGUUAGAGUUUAACCGCCACUGCUAAAGACUUUAUGCGUCAGUUAUCGUGACACCCCGACUAUCAGACUGUGGGAGUAAAGUGUUAAACUUGUUUUUAUGUCCUUUUUAAAGUUCAGUGGAUUCAGAGUGACGUCAUGUUUUUAUUUUCCCGAUAGUCGAGGCGAUGACUUUCCCCCCCACCUCUGGGAAGUCCUUCAUCAUGGGGGCAGAUGAGGCCAUGGAGAGCGAGCUCGGGUUGGGGGAACUCGCCGGACUCACGGUGGCCAACGAGGCGGACAGUCUGGCGUACGAUGUGAGUAUGAGGAGGCAGAGAGGUGAUUUUUAAAAAGGUCGUUUUUGAGACAGAAAGAAGAGCGACACGUAAUCAGUGUUGGAGGUGGACACAUGUCGGGAAUUUGACGUGAACUUUGAACCUAGAAUCCUCGUUAUCCUCUCCUCAGAUCGGAAACAACAAGGACGCCAUGAGGAAAACGUGGAACCCCAAGUUCACUCUGCGGAGCCAUUUUGACGGGAUCAGAGCUCUGACCUUUCACCCUGUGGAGCCUGUCCUCAUCACUGCAUCAGAGGACCACACGCUGAAGAUGUGGAACCUGCAAAAGACCGCUCCGGCCAAAAAGUAAGAGGGUCUGGGUUCACGUUGAACACCUCUGAAUCAUGUUUACCCCCAAAAGUGUGAUUAUUGAUUACUCGCCCUCUCUUCAGUCUCUCUGUCGCUGACUCUCAGACUCACACAGCUGCGUGUUUGGUUCAGUUUUUCUGUGAGUUAGGAGAUCUUUGUUGUGGAUCAGAGCCCCGUAUGGAUCAGAGCUCGUCUCUGUCGCUGCUGCUGUCUCACGAUUCGCCAACAGGAAACCGUCCCCAUGUGACAGAGAGCUGACAACACUCUGCUCCCAAGACUCAUUAUGUCUCAUCUCCGCUCUCACACACACAGUCUGUAGUGACGUGUUUAUAUUUAGACGCUGCUGCAGUCGUUUCAGAGGAGAGGGAACUGUGAAAAAAGACGACAGUAGAGUGCAGAGAUCUGACUUUAAUGGAGACUCUGGACUCAAAUCCAGAGUUUGAUGACGUUUGUUUAAUAAAUGUGCUCCAUGUCUGUCCACAGGAGUGCGUCUUUAGAUGUGGAACCCAUCUACACCUUCAGGGCCCACAGGUAAGAAAAGAAUAAACACAUGAUGGAGAAAGAUUCACCUGUAGGUCCAGCAGACGGGCUGUUUUCAUGAGAGGUUUUUAUUUGGACCACAGGGGGGCAGUCCUGAGCGUGGUGAUGAGCACCUCAGGGGAGCAGUGUUUCAGCGGAGGAGUCGACGGGACGAUUCAGUGCUGGAACACCCCCAACCCCAACAUCGACCCCUACGACUCCUACGGUAACAGAGUCCUGUGUUUGUUUGAGUGUUGAGGGUGUUUGAAACCGAACCGCAGACCUGAUGACGUGUUUUUAUGUCUCAGAUCCUUCCAUGCUGCGUGGGGCUCUCUGCGGACACACUGACUCGGUUUGGGGUCUCGUGUACAGCAGUGCACACCAGCGCCUCCUCUCCUGCUCCGCAGACGGGACCGUGAGACUGUGGGACGCCAACACCACCUCCCCCGCCCUCGCAGUCUUCAACGAAGACAAAAGUACGCACCUCAGGCUUGUUUCAUGACUUCUUCUCUCUUUAUCUUCGAGAACACAGAGCGCUGAAGUUUGACGUUUCUGUUUCAGACCUUGGAGUUCCCUCCUCUGUGGAUCUGGUCUGCAGUGAACCCGCCCACCUGGUCACGUCUUUCACAAACGGACAGAUCGGUCUCUUCAACAUGGAGACCCGUCAGCUUGUCCUCAAUCUGGAAUCCAACCUGGAGCCGGGUAGGUCUGACAGGUCUCACUAAAGCUCAAGAGUGACAUCUAGUGGCAGCUGCAGGUAAAAGCGAGUGUCAGCCAUGAUGAGAGCUGCUCCAGUUCUCUGAGUGAUGAGGAGAGGAGCUUCACUGCUUCCUUUAUGUCCUUUUUUAGCAGAGGAAACACCAGACUAACCUUCAUGAAGGGAGGGAAGAGAAUACGACCCAUGAUGACUCUUCUCACACUUAUUUCAAAGUUACAGCUCUCUCACCUGUGCUGGACAACAAAAAUACAAAAAAUAUUCUACAAAUAGGAAUUUUGGAGACAGAAAAACAAUGUAGAUGAUGAAAAAAGAAGUGGUUUCUCUCCGGCUGUGGUGUCUAACGCCGUCGUCUCUUUCUGUCCAGGCACUCCCUGUCAGAUCAACAAGAUCCUGAGCCACCCGACUCUCCCCAUCACCAUCACGGCUCAGGAGGACAGACACAUCAAGUUCUUUGACAACAACAGCGGGAAGCUCAUUCACUCCAUGGUGGCCCACCUGGACGCCGUCACCAGCUUAGCCGUGGAUCCGAACGGACUUUAUCUCAUGUCAGGCAGUGAGUAAAACCCUCGUGACCGUCUCCUCGUGUUAGCUCGCUGACAGGCGGUCUGCUGCCGACGCAAACUGGCAGAGAGUCGAGCAGCUUGUAGGAGGAAGUGACUGAGUCUGUAUGAGUUUAACUUUUUUCUCCUGCUGUAGAUUUACUUCAAGAGCUGUUUUCACCUGUAUGCAGGUUUAAUAUAUUAAGACACAUCAAAGAAAGAUGGUGAAAACAGAUUUUCAUGAGCUGAUGUCAGGGUUUGAUAUUUAACAUCGCUGACAUGACUGAUGCACAUUUUUAAUCUCCUGUAAAUCACCUUUUUUCUCCAAAGAACCGCCCUGACUCAGAAUCAUAGUAUCACAUUUUCUUAGUCGAGUCUUAGUCUGACUCCUAAUCCAGGUUUUUGGGUUCAUCGCAGUCACUCUGCACCACGUACUCCGACAGUUUCUAAUCCUCAUUUCCUCGGCAGGUCACGACUGCUCCAUCCGCCUGUGGAACCUGGAGAGUAAAACCUGCAUCCAGGAGUUCACGGCUCACAGAAAGAAGUUCGAGGAGUCGAUCCACGACGUGGCGUUUCACCCGUCUAAGUGCUACAUCGCCAGCGCCGGGGCAGACGCUCUCGCCAAAGUGUUUGUAUGACGUGGAGCUGCGUCUCUCCCUGCAGCCCCGCCCACUGACUCUGCCUCCCGCGAUCAGGGACCAAUAGAGACACAGGAGGGGAGGGACCCUCAGGCACGGGUCCAGCCUCGCCUCUCACAGCCCUCUGGUUUCAUGUCUGACUGGUAGACCAUGUAGCCGUAGCCUCAAAUGGGCCAUGAAAGGGUCGGCGGGGAGGAGGAGAACUGCUCUCGAGUCCCUCAUCUUCCAUCCAGGCAGGCCUGGGUGUGACCCCCAUAGCACCCCCCAAGACCCCCCCCCCCAGACUUAAAGACAACCUCCGCAGUCAGGAGGCUCAGGACAAGUGUUAAAGAGUGUGGAGUGGAGAGAUGAGAUUUCACGCCGGUCUUCUGCCCUUUGACUUCACACUCAGCCCAGACCCCCCCUGACCUCUGACCUCUCCUCUCAGGCUCACCGGGUCCGAGUCCUUUUACUCCAAGUCAGGUUUCGUGUUGUGUUGUUCCAGAAAUGUUGGGGUACUGAAGGCUGGCUGGAGCUGUCGUGGAAGCCUCUCACUUCUACUUCUUCUUCUUCUUCUUCUACUUCUUUUUUCUGCUUCCCAGACGGACUCUGCUCGCUGACCUGCCUUUAUUUUCCUUUUAAACACACGUUUCGACAAAAUGUGCCUUUGCUUUAAAAAGGUCUCAGAAAUGUUAUUUUAACAAGCUUUGUUUCGGGGAACAGGGAGGGAGGGGACAGCGACGGAGAAAUGGAGCCGGUUAUUAUCACAAUGUUGUCGAUUUUAACAUUGGAUGUAAAAUUACAAAUGCUUAUAAUAAACAAAAUAUAUAUUCAGUCUUAAAAUUUACUGUGCAGCGUGAGUUUGAGUGCUCCUUUUUGAUAAGUGUGGUCGGGGAAUCAACUUUGUGCAUUUCACAGCGAAGCUAGUAGAGCGACACAGACCGUUUAAUAGGAUGUCUGUUCAUUAGGAGUCAGUGUACACUUCAGAUUACAAACAUAAGUGUCCAAAGUAAACCAUCUUGGUUAUAACGAUGAUUCAGACUUGGUUCUAAAUGUCCAUUUUAGGAAUAACUCAUUGAUUUUGGCCAGUUUGCGCUCGUUUGAAUUGAAUGGCUUGUACUGUAUGUAGUUUUUCCCAACCGUGUGGACAUGCUCGACUACAACGUGAUGUAUCAUGUCCGGAUAUUUACAGUAGUCCAGUGUUUUAGCAGGAAAUUAGUGCAGUACUGUAGGACUGUUUGAAAUAAUGAGUUAACCAUCACACACUGAACGAGGAGAAAUGUCCGAGAUAUUCCGGUUUGCUGUAAAACUGUGAGGAAGAAAACAAUCCUGGGUUUGAAAUCAAUCAAGAUGUUGUACGUGUGGAGUACAGCUUCAAAUGAGCCAUUUUCUCAGUCACUGGUUUGUAUAUGAAAGUAUGUUCAAAAUAAAACCUGCUGUAAAACAAGAA